GCAGGUGUAGUGUGGGCGCCAUGUCGCGGCGGAGGUGGCGAGGUUCGCAGAGCGGCGAGGGCGGCGGCGGUGGCUCGGGACGCGGAGGAGACAUGGUGAAGAUGGCUGGCGGCGGCGGAGGAGGCGGCGGCGGUUCGGGCCGCUAUUACGGGGGAGGCCCAGAAGGCGGCCGCGCCCCGAAGCGCCAGAAAACGGAGAACGCGGACCACGGGCCGGGGGGAGCGGCCGGCGGAGGCGGGGAGAACUACGAUGAUCCCCAUAAGCCGGCUGCUUCCCCUGUUGUCCACAUCAGGGGCCUGAUUGAUGGUGUUGUGGAAGCUGAUCUUGUGGAGGCCCUGCAAGAAUUUGGCCCUAUCAGCUAUGUGGUGGUGAUGCCCAAAAAGAGGCAGGCCUUAGUGGAGUUUGAGGAUAUCCUGGGAGCCUGCAAUGCUGUGAAUUACGCAGCUGACAACCAGAUCUACAUCGCUGGGCACCCAGCCUUUGUCAACUAUUCCACCAGCCAGAAGAUAUCACGCCCUGGUGACUCGGAUGAUUCUAGGGGAGUCAACAAUGUUCUGCUGUUCACCAUCCUGAACCCCAUCUACUCCAUCACAACGGAUGUGCUGUAUACCAUCUGCAACCCAUGUGGCCCAGUUCAGCGGAUUGUUAUCUUCCGAAAGAAUGGAGUCCAGGCUAUGGUGGAAUUUGACUCUGUGCAGAGUGCACAAAGAGCAAAGGCUUCCCUGAAUGGGGCUGACAUUUACUCUGGCUGCUGUACUCUGAAGAUUGAAUAUGCAAAGCCUACCCGCCUGAAUGUGUUCAAGAAUGACCAGGACACAUGGGACUACACUAACCCCAACCUCAGUGGACAAGGUGAGCCGGGUGGUAACCCCAACAAGCGGCAGAGACAGCCUCCUCUCCUCGGGGACCAUCCUGCUGAAUAUGGUGGACCUCAUGGUGGCUAUCACGGGCACUAUCAUGAUGAAGGGUAUGGUCCUCCACCACCUCACUACGAAGGGAGGAGGAUGGGACCACCGGUGGGUGGCCGCCAUCGGGGACCAAGCCGCUACGGGCCUCAGUACGGACAUCCCCCUCCACCCCCACCACCCCCGGAGUACGGCCCCCACGCUGACAGCCCGGUCCUGAUGGUGUACGGUUUGGACCAGUCCAAGAUGAAUUGUGACAGGGUCUUCAACGUCUUCUGCCUGUAUGGAAAUGUGGAGAAGGUGAAGUUCAUGAAAAGCAAGCCCGGAGCAGCCAUGGUGGAAAUGGCAGAUGGCUAUGCUGUGGAUCGCGCCAUCACCCACCUCAACAACAACUUCAUGUUUGAUCAAAAGCUGAAUGUCUGUGUGUCCAAGCAACAGGCCAUCAUGCCUGGCCAGUCCUAUGGCCUCGAGGACGGUUCGUGCAGCUAUAAGGAUUUCAGCGGCUCUCGGAACAACAGGUUUUCAACCCCAGAGCAAGCGGCCAAGAAUAGGAUCCAGCACCCCAGUAACGUGCUCCACUUCUUCAACGCUCCUCUGGAGGUGACAGAAGAUAACUUCUAUGAGAUUUGUGAUGAACUGGGGGUGAAGCGACCAGCUUCGGUCAAGGUGUUUUCGGGGAAAAGUGAAAGGAGCUCGUCUGGCUUGCUGGAGUGGGAAACCAAAGGUGAUGCUCUGGAGACCCUGGCCUUCCUCAACCAUUACCAGAUGAAAAACCCAAAUGGGCCGUAUCCCUACACACUGAAACUCUGCUUCUCGACUGCUCAGCAUGCCUCGUAAGUUCUUUUGGUUCCUGCCCAGGAAGACUUCUCCGUUACUUUUUUUGUGUGUGUGGUUUUUGCGAAGCACCCCUUCGUUCCUUUUUUUAAAAAAAAGCUUAAGUAGAGGCUGCCUGCAGCUAUGUCAGCUGGAAGAAGAGAAGCCCGGUGGCAUCUGGAUGACAUCUGAUUUUAAAACUAUUGUACAUGUGACUUGUUUUUCCCAAUUCAUACUAUGUGCUGCCUGUGCUACUUCGCACACCUUAAUAAAGCUGUUUGGAAAAUAAA